AUGGCAGCUAAAGGCCAGACUGACUUGGUGAGCCGGCUGAAGACGCGCAAGAUCCUGGGGGUCGGCGGGGAGGACGAUGACGGCGAGGUCCACCGCUCAAAGAUUAGCCAAGUACUGGGAAAUGAAAUCAAGUUUGCUGUCCGGGAACCACUGGGGCUCAGGGUCUGGCAGCUGGUUUCCGCCGUCAUGUUCUCUGGGGUCGCCAUCAUGGCCCUGGCUGUCCCUGACCAGCUGUACGAUGUCAUCUUUGAUGAGGAACCAGCAAGCAGCAAGACUCCCAUCCGGCUCUACGUUACCACUGUCUCCCUGGUUGAGAGUAGCCGGAUAGCCACAGGUGCCAUCCUCCUCCUGGUCAGCCGAGUCCUCUUCAUCCUCAUCAGCGUUUAUUAUUAUUACCAAGUUGGACGCCGUCCCAAGAAAGUCUAA